AUGGAACCAAGGAACAAUACAAGAAUUGCAGAAUUCCUUCUUCUGGGAUUUUCAGAGGAACCGGAAUUACAACCCCUUAUAUUUGAGCUUUUCCUCUCCAUGUACCUGAUCACUGUGUUUGGAAACCUGCUCAUCAUCCUGGCCACCAUUUCAGACUCCCACCUGCACACCCCCAUGUACUUCUUCCUCUCCAAUCUGUCCUUUGUAGAUAUUGGUUUUACCUCCACCACCAUCCCAAAGAUGCUGGUGAACAUACAGAUGCAGAAUAGAGCCAUAACCUAUGCAGGUUGCAUCACCCAGAUGUACUUUUUCAUACUCUUUGUAGAGUUGGACAACUUCCUCCUGACCGUGAUGGCUUAUGACCGAUUUGUGGCCAUUUGUCACCCCCUACAAUACACAGUCAUCAUGAGCCCCUGGCUCUGUGUGUUACUGGUUAUGGUGUCCUGGAUUCUGAGUACCCUGCAUUCCUUGUUGCAUAGCUUAUUGGUAUUGCGGCUGUCCUUCUGUGCACAUGUGGAACUCCCCCACUUUUUCUGUGAAAUUAAUGAAGUGAUCCAUCUUGCCUGUUCUGACACAUUUCUUAAUGAUGUGGCAAUUUAUGUUGCAGCUGUGCUUCUGGCUGUUGGCCCCCUCAGUGGAAUCUUUUACUCUUACUCUAAGAUAGUUUCCUCCAUAUGUGCAAUCUCAUCAGCUCAGGGGAAGUAUAAAGCAUUUUCUACCUGUGCUUCUCACCUCUCAGUUGUCUCCUUAUUUUAUGGUACAAGCCUGGCAGUGUAUCUUGGUUCUGAUGUGAUUCAAAAUUUACACUCAACUGCAACAGCAUCAGUAAUGUACACUGUGGUCACACCUAUGUUGAACCCCUUCAUCUACAGUCUGAGGAAUAAAGAUAUAAAGAGAGCUUUGAGAAGACUCCUUGGGAGAGAACCUAUAAAAGGAUCAAUUGCUCUUCUUUUGAAGAACUGUCCCUGUUAUCAGGACUCAAAGGAUCAGCGACAGAAAUGUUGA